AUGAUCUUCUCACAUUCCAAUCACUCCAUUAUCCUUCAUAUCCUCAUCUUCACAUUCAUCGCUUUCGCUCAAGGAUCGGCCGCAGAUGUAAAGACAAAGGUCAAAACCAAGACUAAGUCCGAUGAAUACACAACCGUCCCCACAUAUCCCACGCCUGCCGAUUCUGCUGCAAACCCGACUGCCACCAGUGCCAAAUAUACCGUCACCAUUACUUCCGGAGCUAGCAUAUCCACACCUGUUUUUGAUGGUUGUUGUUUCCUCGAUCCUCCUCAAAAUGGAUGCGGUCGGGACACAAGUCAAUGCAAGGGAGCGUGGAUUGUGAAGAGGAAGGGCUCUGCGCAGAGUGCUGCGCAACGAAGUGCGAUGAGCAUUUUUUGGUUGGGUAUUAUGUGUGGGGCGGGUCUUUUUGGUGGUAUGGCUCUGAUGCUUUUAUGA